CCACAAGGCCCCCCCAGAGCCCCGAAGGGCCCGGCGCCCCCCGAGCAAGUCAAAGCGGGCGCCGCCGGCCGGCCAAUCAGGCGCCGCCACACGAGAGCGGCCGGCGAGGGACACCUCAGCCCUCUCCUCCGAGCACGCUGUCUGUCAGGAAACCACUGCUGCCACGGGAGAGCAACAGCUUCUAGACUCUCCUCUUGGGCGGAAGGAGACAUAACAAUGAUGGUGCCUGACGUGCGAUGGACAAUGGGCUUGUCCCUUCUGGUGUUGUUAGGUGUCAUAGGAAGCUCCAGCGGUGUCACCAUUAUGAGCAUCGACUUUGGAUCAGAGUGGAUAAAGGUUGCUGUUGUAGCGCCGGGAGUCCCCAUGGAAAUAGUCCUAAACAAAGAGUCUAAAAGGAAGACCCCAGGAGCCUUGUCCUUCCGAAAUGGAGAGAGAACCUUUGGAGAGGAUGCCUUAACAACUGGUAUUCGCUUCCCAGCAAAUAACUACUUCUAUCUCCUUGACUUGCUGGGAAAGAAAAUAGACAACCCUAUUGUGGAACUGUAUAAAAAACGGUUUCCCUUUUAUAACAUUGAAGCUGAUCCUGAGAGAGGAACUGUUGUAUUUAGACAUAAUGAUGACACAAUUUACACAGUGGAGGAGUUGAUAGCUCAGAUGUUGGCCUAUGCCAAAGACAUGGCAAUGUCCCACACUGAGCAAAGGAUAAAGGACUGUGUAAUCACAGUCCCUCCCUUCUUCAACCAAGUUGAGCGUAGAGCCAUGCUGACUGCAGCUGAGCUGGCUGGACUGAAGGUUCUGUCCCUUAUGUCGACCAAUGCAGCAGUUGCCCUGAACUAUGGUAUGUUCAGACGAAAAGAGAUCAAUGCUACAGCCCAUAACAUCCUCUUCUAUGACAUGGGAGCCUCUUCAACCAUAGCAACCAUUGUCUCUUACCAGACGGUUAAAACAAAGGACAGAGGAUACACUGAGACCAAUCCACAAGUCACUGUACUAGGGUUAGGUUAUGAUCGUACAUUAGGCGGGCUGGAAAUGCAAAUGCGCCUCCGGGAUUAUUUAGCCAAGAAAUUCAAUGAAGUAAAGAAGACUCCAAACAAUGUUUUGGAAUCUCCCCGUGCACUGGCUAAGCUCAUGAAGGAAGCUGGCAGAUUAAAGAAAGUCCUCUCUGCAAAUUCUGAACAUCUGAGUCAGAUAGAGGGACUUCUUGAUGAAGAAGACUUUAGGCUACAUGUAAGUCGAGAAGAAUUUGAGGGGCUCUGCACAGAAUUGUUUGAGAGGGUUCAAGCUCCUAUUGAUGCUGCACUGAUUUCUGCUGCCAUGGACAUCUCAGCAAUUGAUCAAUUCAUCAUUGUUGGAGGUGCAACCAGAAUACCCAAAAUUCAGUCUAUCCUGCAAGGAGUUUGGGGUCGAGAGCUUGGCAAAAACAUCAAUGCUGAUGAAGCCGCUGCAAUGGGGGCAGUCUAUCGUGCAGCUGACCUUGGUCAGGGCUUUAAGGUUAAGAAGUUCCAUGUAAAAGAAGCAGUUGUCUUCCCUAUUGAGGUUGACUUUGAGCGCCAGGUGGAGAAUGAUGAUGGCUCCACCUCGACCAAGGUGGUGAAGCGCUCCCUCUUUGCUUUUGGCAACAACUACCCACAGAAGAAGGUUAUGACUUUCAACAAGCACACUGCAGACUUUAGCUUCUAUGUCAAUUAUGGGGACCUUUCUCACCUCUCUAAGGAGGAGCUCAGGAAUGCUAAUGCAGAGAAUGUCUCUCAUGUGCUGGUCUCAGGAGUGACCUCUGCCUUCCAGAAGCAUCAGCAGGAGGGCAGUGAGCCCAAGGGCAUCAAGGCUCAUUUCAACAUGGAUGACUCAGGAGUGCUGGCUCUGAGCAUGAUGGAGGCUGUAUUCGAGAAAAGCGUGCUGGUAGAAGAAGACAAACCCAAAGAGGAGGAAUCAACGCUUUCAAAACUUGGUAGCACCAUCAGUAAGCUCUUUGCAGGAACAGAACAAGAACGGGAAGGUGGAGAGAAAGAAGAAAGUGAAGAUGCAGAGGGCAAGGAAAACAAGACAGAAGAAGACAACACAGAAAAGGAGCAAGAUGGCGAUAAUCAGGCAAAGAAAGAGAACAAGGAAGACAAGAAAGAUGACCAAAAGACAGACAGGAAAGAGAAAGAGGAGGAUGAGAAGAAAUCAGGCACAGACAAGAAGAAGGAAGGAGAGAAGGAGCUGAAGCCAAAGCAGGUCACAGUCAAGGAGGAGCUGAACAUGACCAUCACCUACCUGGACGUCCCAGAAAUGACGGAGGAACAAGUGGCUGCUUCCAAGAAAAAGUUGGAGGACAUAAAUGCAGCUGAACGUGCUCGGCAUGAGAGGGAAGCUGCGCGCAACAACCUGGAGAGCUACAUCCUGGAUGCACAAGACAAGCUCUAUCAGGAUGACUAUGAACAGGCCUCCACGGAUGAACAAAGGGCAGCCAUCAGGGAAAUGUGCUCAACGCUUGAUGAGUGGAUCUACGAUGAAGGAGCAGAUGUGGAGGCUUCUGUCUACAAGGAGAAGUUAAAGGAGCUCUCUAAGCUGUUUGAGCCAAUCAAGCAGCGUGUGUUUGAGCACCUCAACCGGCCGGAAGCUGUCCAGGCCUUGACGGACAUGAUGAACAAGUCUUCUGAGUUUGUGCAGCGAGCCAGAGAUGCACCCCCAGAGCAGCAGUUCUUCACAGAUGUGGAGAUCGACACCAUGGAUAAACUUAUUGUGGAUACCCAGAAAUGGCUGGAGGACAAGGAGGAGCAACAACAGGCACAGGCAUCAUCUGAUGAACCCAAGUUGAAGCUGAGCGACAUUGGGGAGAAGCUUGGAGCACUGGAUCGUGAGAUCAAAUAUCUUGUGAACAAAGCCAAGAUCACCAAAGCCAAAAAAGACAAGGAAGCAGCUGAGGCAAAGGCAAAGGCAGAGAAGGAGGCCAAAGAAACCGGCAAGAAGAAGAAUAACACAGACAACUCAAAGAGUUCAAAAAAUAAAAGUGGAGGGGAAACUAAGCCAGACACAGAACAAAAAGAUACAAAUGAGAAAAUUGUUACAGAGGAGGAACCCAAAGUACAGGAGAAUGAAGAAUCACCCUACAUCUUCGAAGAAGAAUCGGAAGAAAAUAAUAGUGAGGAAGACAGAAGGAAAGAAGAUAUAGACGUAGAAAAUGAGGAAGUUGAUGACAAGAGCAGUCAUGUAGAGUUGUGAUGAGACCAGUCUUAUAGAACACUCCCUGGGCAGCAGUUCUGGCACCACAAGUAAAAUAAUUAUCAAGGUCCAUUGAUGCUGAUACAACAGGAGUCUGUUUUCAAGAUGCACUUCUACAUUGGUAUAUGUGCAGGAAGGACAAAUGGGUCUGUGUUCAGAAAAAUAAAGGCCCUUGUGUAUGAUAAAUUAACUUGUGUUGCCCUGUACCCUGGCCAUGCCAAAUGUGUCUCCCAAAACAGUGAUUUAAGUUAGAUUUCCUCCCUUGGCUACCUCUGUAAAAAUAGAAGAGACAGCAUUCGACAGAUGGCCCUGUUACUUUAAUCAUACCUUCCCUCCUACUUUCAAGUGGUCAUGUUGCACAAUGAGCAGUCACGAAAUGUGACACAUACCUGUUUUUGAACACUGUUAAGUUAUUAGGUGUCUGUUGUCAUGAAAAGAAAAAGUAUUUAAAAUGUGGAAUUUCUUGCCCGUUUCAGAGAAGUAAAUUUUACACUUUUGA